GCCAAGAAUACAAAAUUAAAACAGGAUAAAGAAGACAUUGAGGCCAGAUUCGCAAAACUAGAGCAGAGUGAUAAAGAAAAAACUGAUCUUAUUGCUAAACUGAAAUAUGAUAUUUCACAAAUUAAACAGGCUUCAGUAACUUCACAAUCACUUAUUUCACCGUCAAUUAAAAAUCACUCUGGUGAAGUUGAUAGUACUGACUCUGUAAAUCUAGAGCAGACACAAAGUGCUAUUUCUUCCAAAGUUAAUUCUAAUAAUAUUUCUGAACAGACAGAUGAUACAUCUGAAAAUGCACCAAAUUCUGAUCUUCAGAAGAAGCAUAGCCUCGAGUCAAAAACUCAUCAAAAUCUAAACUUAUCUUUAGAUAAUCAAAAUGCUUCCUCGACAGAAUUAGAAAAGUCGAUGUUACUUCCAUUACUAUGUAAUGCAAAUACUGUGACCAAUGGUCACGAUUGA